AUGUCACAGAUGACACAACUAUGCGGCAGCGUUAGUGACUAUCGAAAGUUGCCCUAUGAAAUACCAAAGACAAGCAUACUCGAUGGUUUCAAUAAAUUCUACGAUGACGUCGUUAUUGGUAAUUUUGGAAAUUGCUCGGAUUUACCAAAAUUUGAAAACGGCUUUACCAACCCAAUGCCUCAAGGGCUGUACACGCUGGAAACUUGUGUUGCCAAUGGCAAUGGUUUGCCCGAAGUGCUGCCACAGGGUUUCUAUAAAAUACACAUUGAGUUUGUGGGCGAGGUUAACUGGAAACUUAUAUUUUAUUUCAAAAUAACGCCCAAGCUGCUUGCCUAA